AACAGCUCCAUCACCUUGAGCUGGACAGCUCCCAUGGGCCCAGGUCGUCCUCCCUACACCUACUGGGUCUCGUGGGUCAUGGAGGGCAUUAUGGUCAUUAGCACUCAGGAUAGCAGGGUCGCUAACACCUCGGAUACGAGGAUCACAGUGGAGCAGCUGGAAGCUGGGAGCUUCUACACCUUCACUGUCCAGGCGGAGAGGAAUGGGGUCAGCAGUGACAACAGGUCACUCACGGAAGCCACUGCUCCCAACAGGGUCACGGAUCUGCACAAGGAAGCUCAGACCAACAGCUCCAUUAGCCUGCGGUGGAAGGCCCCCACAGACCCCCACUCUCAGGCCUACACAUACUGGGUCCAGUGGGCCACUGGGGGACAUCCCCAAGGUGACCAUGACCCCCGAGGACAUCACGCCAACCAGAUAGGAGAGACCAGUCACACCUACUAUGAGGUUCAGGCUCUGGAACCCGGGACUCUGUACAGCUUCAGUGUGUGGGCAGAGAGGAGCAAUGUGGCCAGUUCUGCACAGGGCCUCCUUGAAUCCACAGCCCCGAGCCCGGUCACCAUCACCUCCUGCAUGAGCACCUUUGGGGGUCACGGGGUCGUCUUGACCUGGUCCUGCCCCCGUGGAGGCUAUGAGGCCUUUGAGUUGCAGGUGGGUGGACAGCAGGACUCUCAGAACAGGUCGUCCUGUGGGAAGUGGGUGUCUGUGUGGGGUCUCUGGCCAGCCCAGUCCUACUCAGCCACUGUCACGACCAUCUGGAAUGGAAUGAGGGCCCCGUCUGCCUCUGUGACCUGCCCCACCGAGAACACAGUCGCCAAGACUAUUGGGAAGCUGCAGGCUAGGGCCCCCGAGGCUGAUGGAGGCAGGCUGCGAGCUGGAGUCUGUGCCAAGACCAGCUCCUCAGAGGACAUCCUGGCAGAAGACUUUGCUGACCAUGUCAGGAAAAAUGAGAAGGACAACAAUUCUGGCUUUGUAGAGGAGUAUCAGCGGUUGGCUCUGGAGACCCGCAGACAGUCUCAAACAGUGGCCUUGGAUCCUGAAAACAGCACCAAGAACCGUUACAGAAACGUGUUCCCCUAUGACUGGUCCCGUGUGCCCCUGAAAGCCAUCCAGGAGGAGCCAGGCUCUGACUACAUCAACGCCAGCUUCGUGCCUGGUCUCAAGAACCCCCAGGAGUUCAUCGCAACCCAGGGGCCCCUACGCCAGACGGUGGGUGACUUCUGGCGCCUGGUGUGGGAGCAGCAGAGCCGCACCCUCAUCAUGCUGACCAACUGUGUGGAAUCCGGCCAAGUGAAGUGUGAACAUUACUGGCCUCUUGACGCCAAGCCCUGCACAUAUGGGCACCUCCAAGUGACGCUGGAGGGCGAGGAGGUGCUGGAGGACUGGACAGUCCGAGACCUGACGCUCCAGCACAUGCAAGAGCAGAAAACGUUGCCUGUGCGACAGUUCCAUUACAUGACGUGGCCAGACCAUGGCGUCCCCCACUCCACAGACCCCUUACUGGCCUUCCAGAAGGUGCUGCGGCAGUGGCUGGACCAGACCACGGAGGGAGGCCCCCCCAUUGUGCACUGCAGUGCUGGCGUGGGCCGCACGGGUACCCUCAUUGCCCUGGACGUCCUGCUGAGGCAGCUGGACCAGGAUCAACGUGUGGGGCCCUUCAGCUAUGUGCAGAAGAUGAGGGAAAGCCGGCCUCUGAUGGUGCAGACUGAGGCCCAGUAUGUCUUCCUGCACCACUGCAUCCUACGAUUUCUCCAGCAGUCAGGCCGAGUUCCACCAGACAACGGGGUUGCAUAUGAGAACCCGCUGUAUGAGAAUGUCUGA